CAUCAAGAGCCUCAGUCGAGCCUUCCCAGGAUUCCCCUUUAAAUCACAUCCCUUCCAUUUUAAUGAUGACGUUGCACUAAUCUGUAGACGGGAGUUUGAACACAGCUUCUCCACAGUGGUUUCUCACGUCUCUCGAUUAACAAUCGCAGCGCAGAAGCCAACACAGCACAACUUUGGCUUUAGUUUCAGACACACAUUUUAAAAGGAGGAAAGGGUCGUAUUUUAAACGCGUUGAACAAGUGCAACAAAGAGUAGUUUAGUUUGUAUUUGGUUAAUUUAUUGUUACAGUCUCUAGAAUAUUAUUAAUUCUUGUGUCUUGUUCUUCUGAAGAGGAUGCUGUCAAAUUGACCCCCACACCCCCCUUUUUUGUGUCUAUCGCUCUCCCCCCUCUGUGUCUGUCGGUUUCAGUGUUAAGAUGGCAGCGAGGUGGCAGGACGUAGCGGCUCAGCAGGCCGAUGUGAUUGCUAGCCGUCUGCGAGAGCUGCUGUCCACUGGACUGGGCCUGUUGCACUCCAAACUCGGAGUGGACCUAGGGCUGAAGCCCGAACAAUAUCCGUCCUGGGUUCUGUUGAUGACGGCCUUCCUCGGGUUGCUAGUGAUCGUGGUCGUGUGGGUCGCGGCCUGCGCCGGGCUUUGCUCACGGAGAAAGCGGGGUGACAGAGCCAGCGACUCCGGGAGCCAAGCCACCAAAACAUCGGCAACCAAGAGUGUAAAAGGAGCAGAACAAAAGAAAAAGAACAAGAAAAAACCUGUUGAAAAGAAACCUCAAUCGAAUGGGCGCACAAUACUUGAACUGCAAGAAGAUGAUAUAAAAGAUACCAAUGAGAUUUUGAAACAAUCAGAAAUGAAGGCUGAGAAGCAAACAAAGAAGAACAAGAAGAAGACAAAAGCAGAAGUAAAACCAGCACUGUAUAUCUCUUCUCCUGGUGGAAAAGAACCUGAGGAUGGUGCAUGGGAAACUAAAAUUAGUAACCGGGAGAAGAAGCAGCAGCGCAGGCGAGACAAAGUGACUGAAGAUUCCAGUCUUCCUGGAACUCAAGUAGUUGUUGCUACGGAACGCCCCUCAUCAGUUGUCUCGUUUCCAAUUGGUCUUCGGAAAAUCAAAGGGGAACCUAUUCGUAUGAAGCCAGGAAAAGGAGAGGCCAUAAUAUCGCAGGUGUCAGCCAGCUGGAAUGAAGCCCCUGCAGUGAAUGGAGGCGGAUGGAAUGACAUGGCUAUGAAACUUCCCACUCAGAUGUCCGGAGGAGACGGCGAGACCUGGACAGCAAUCACAAAAGCUGCUGCUAAAAGAAACCCAGAGCUGGCUUGGGGUCUGGAACUAGAAGGUACUGGAGAAGCAGAUCCUUGGACUACAAUUGCUGAUCUGCAGCUGGAAAGCAGCCAAGCAAAAAUUGACGAUCAGUGGUCUGGCACAAAUGGACUUUCAACAGUAGAUCCCAGCUCUGACUGGAAUGCUCCUGCUGAAGAGUGGGGAAACUGGGACGACCAGAAAGCCUCGCCACCUCCUCAGCCUGAGGGGCCAGCUAUAGAAAUUGAGAAGGUAUCGGAUGAUGAGAAAAAAAAGGUGGACUCUGCUGCUGCUGCUGCAAGUGGAAAAUCAAAAAAGAAGAAAAAGAAAAAGAAGCAGCAAGGAGAAGAUGACAGUGCUCCUGUCCAGGAAACUGGGGAGCCAGAAAAGGUGCCUUCGUCUGAAUUAGAGGUGGCCAACUCUGAGCCAGAAAUGGCUUUGCCUGAAGAGGCUACACGUGCUAGCGAACCAGUUAAGGUUGAGCUGAAGAUGGAGCGACCAGUCCCAGUCAUGACAGAGCCACCUGUAACUGCAUUGGACAGUACUUCUAAGAAUAUCACUUCACAAGUGCCACAGAGGCUACCGGAGCCAGAACCUCCUGUUUCCACUACUAAACAAAGCAACGUGCCUCCACUUUCACAGACAAAAUCUGAAGAAAACUGGGAGUCACCAAAGCAAGUUCAAAAGAAGAAGAAAGCAAGAAGGGAAACAUGAGUUUUAACUAGGUUUAAGUUUAAUAAUAUGCAAAAUGAUUUUGAAGAAAUUCAUGUUUAUGCAAUAAUUUGAGUGUACAGCAUUUUAUACAAAUGUUGACUGUACGUUUUUUGAAAAUCAAAACUGAAGAGAUAUGGUCGUGACUAGCUUAAUUGCAAAUAAAAGCAAGUCGAUAUAUAAUCGCAACUAAACAAUGCUGCAAUGUGGCAAAACACUUUGAAAGCAGAAGAUAUAUAUUUGUGGCAUAAGAAAGGAUGAAUAAUUGGAUACAUUUAGAUUUACAUUGUUAAUCUCAUUCAUUUGAGAUACAGCUGGCCACAGAGCUAGAAAUGUUUUUUUAUGCAUAUAAUGUCAAGGAAGGACAGUUCUGCACCAUUUAGGCAUUGGGUGACAUAUUGCACCUGGUUUGACAAUACAUGCCACCCAGGGUGUAUUCCAGAAACUAAUGCUUCUGAAUGCAAAUGGCUAAAUGUAUAGCCAGCAUCUAGUAACUGGCUAUGUAUAGUGCUUGGUUGCUGAACUAAACAACACAUUACUGAUUUACUGCCUGUUUUUCUAGUGGUUACACUAAUCAUUUUGCUUUUCCCUGAACUUAGUUUAGAUAUCCUCUCCCUUCCCACCAACCUGGUCCAUUUCAUUGAUAAGAUGGUCUAGUUUAAUGUUUGCUUUAUAAUUUUUGUAAAAACCCAUAGCCAUGGAAAAAGCCAAGCCAUAUGUAAAUUAAGAAAGGCCUGUUUGAUUAAGAAUACGGUGGGUCUGCUGUAGAAUAUACAUUUCUUUUAGUGGUGAUUUUUAUUCACAAGAACAUUUUAGAAUGUAAGCCUUUCAUUCUGUUGUUGGCUUGAAGGAAGCUUUGCUGUUUAUCUAGUGCAAUAUGUGUGUGUGUUUUUUUUUUUUUUUUUUUUUUGUGGGUGGGGCAAUUUAAUAAAAUAAGAAAGUCUUUAUGGACAGCUUUAAUCCAUGUAGUCCAGGUCAAACACAGUAUCAGAGAUUCAAUUCUAUUGCCUUAACCUGUAGGAUGUAGUGUAUGCAUUUAGACAGCUUCACUGUAAGUAGUGGGUUUUUUUGUUUGUGCUUUUCAUUUUUUUGUAUAAGAAUUUUCAUUACAUAAUUUGGGGGGGGGGGGGUGGUAUCUCCAGCUCAAUAUGAAUUAAAAGGCAGUUGGAAUUGAUUGAAAAUUGAUGGACACUGUGCGAUACAUUAAAAUGAAUUGGCAGGUUUUUCUUUUUUAACCCAGUACAUGUUAUGACAUGUACACUGUAAAUAGCCUUUACCAAACUUACAUGCUUCUGAUAUGGACCAUAACCACCAACACCAAUCUAAGGUUAUACCUGUUGCUAUAUGCAGAAUAUUCAUUCUGAGGUUUUAAAUGCUAUGAGAGAGGGAAUCAAUAUGCAAGAUCUGUAGCUACGGUACUGAUGUGUUGCACUGUCAAGUGUCCUGUAACUACUUUCAUUGUCAAAGUGUACGGCAUGGGAGUAAUCUUGUGUAAGCUUCAGAAAACCUGCCUUAUUAACUAUAUCUUGUUUUCUUUUCCUAAUUAAUAAUUAUGACUAAAUUUAAGCGGAUGUAUUUAUACCUGUUCUGGAACAUGGCAAACAAGUAUGUUUUACGUGUUUUAAAGGUUUGUUAAAUGCAAUGAUAUUUCUAAGUUGAUUUGUUUAAAUAAAUUGAGCAACUUGAUAAUACUGGCA